AUGUUCUCCACUAUAUCUCAAACUAGUGCGCAAAUGCAGAUGACAACCGUCGAUGCUGCGUCUAUGGCUGUACCUUCCAUCGUCCCCGGCUUCGUCUCCAUCUACACAAGCAAUGGCAAGUUCACAAAUGGCGACACCAGCCAGCUCAUCCUCUCCAAUGACAACACUACCGGCAGAGGGAAAGAGUUUUUCGUCUCCUCUCUCGACGGUAACGCCAUCCACAGAAACAAGUAUGCUAAAUAUGGAGCCUUUCUCAACCUCCCGCUCCAAUACUUCCGCGAGGCCAACUACCCUGGCGACAUCUACUUCACUGCCGCCUAUUGUGCCCGAGAACAUGACCGAGACUGGCAUAGUGUCCGCUAUGGAACGUGGAGGUCUUAG